GUGUGUGUGAGGGGGGAGGCGCGGGCUGGAGCUGAAGUUUCCUUCCCACUGUGAGGAUCUGAGUGAAGAUUAAAGAUGGUUCUGAGGAAUUUGUUCCGGGCCGUGAUCAUGGGUCCUCCGGGUUCGGGGAAAGGAACCGUGUCGUCUCGGAUCACUGAAAGUUUCGGGCUGCAGCAUCUCUCCAGCGGGGACAUGCUACGGGCUCACAUUAAAGCCAAGAGCGAGCUGGGUCUUCUGAUGAAGUCGUGUAUAGAUCAGGGUCAGCUGAUUCCUGAUGAUGUCAUCUCUCGCCUCAUCCUGUCCAGCCUCCGAGAAAUGGAGCAGAGCAGCUGGUUGUUAGAUGGUUUUCCCCGGACAGUGACGCAGGCUGAGAGUUUGGACAGCGUGUUCACCGUAGACACCGUCAUCAACCUGGACGUUCCGUUUGACACCAUUAAGGAGCGUCUGACCUCCCGCUGGGUUCACCUGUCCAGCGGCCGAGUCUACAACAUCGACUUCAAUCCUCCCAGAAUCCCCGGUCUUGAUGAUGUCACAGGUGAGCCGUUGACGCAGAGAGACGAUGACACGCCUGAAACAGUGACCCGCAGACUGAAGGCGUAUGAAAACCAGACUCAACCGGUUCUGGAGUAUUACAGGAGUAAAGGAGUUUUGGAGACGUUCUCUGGAACAGAAACCAAUAAGAUCUGGCCUCACGUUCACACUUUUCUCGCAAAGAAAAUCCCACAGAGUGCGCAGGUCUGAGGAGGAGAUCAGACGCGUCCUGAUGGGAACAAUUAGAUUCUGUGUAGAAUUUUAACGAAUCACUUUGUGUUUCAUGGAAAGCGAUCAGGCUGUAAUUUUGGACAUGCUUUGUUUUUAAUCGUAGAUGUUUUUAAUAGACUUUAAAUCUGUUUAAAGUGGAUUUGAGGCUGUAAUCUGAGCAGGCAGUAAUGUGUUUAAACUCAGUCUCAUUUUAACAUUUUCAUUCUCUCUUUUCCUCACUGGGGUGAGUUUUAGUUUUAAAACACAUUCUUUUAAUUUUUAGAUUUUGUUUCACCAACAAUCGGCCCAUCAACCCCAACUAACCCCCCAAGGUCUCUGAAGGAGUUUAUCAGCAGAAAUACAGAGACGUCUAGCAGACGGAGAGAGAGAAAAAUGUUAUUCACAAGCCAGAAAUUCUAAAUGAAGAAAGAAAGAAAGAAAUGAAAUGGGAGGAAAAAAGGUAUACAUUUUGAUAAAAAUGUUUUAAUUAAAACAUAAAAAUAAAAAUAUGAAAGUGGAAAAAAGACAAAAAGAUGUACAGGAAGAGAAAAGGAAGAAAUUGACAUUUUAAAUAAUUAUUUAAAAAAGAAGAAGGUCAAGAGAAAAUAUGUUCUGGAUGUUUGGAUGCGUGAGUUCAUCAACAAAUUAAACAUAAUUUGAAUAAAAAAAGGGAAGAAUACAUGAGAGAAAAAAUUUUGGAAGUAAAGUUUGGUGUCACUGAUACUGAACCUUAAAGUACGACGUCGACUCACGAAAACUUUAAAAAGAAAAAAAUUCUCACAUGAAAAUGAUUUUUGCACCAAAACGUUCAGGAUUUUCUGAGUGAAGUUCUGAUUUUAUUUGAUUUGUUUACAGCUGAAUAAUUUUCCUCACCGUUGCCUGAAACACUCCUGUGUUUUAUUCUGAACUCCAUCACCAGCAUUUUAUUGUGUUUGUGACUGAAUCCCAUUUCAACAUUUGUAAACGAUCUGAAAUAAAAUAUAUUUUAGAAAUAAUAAUGAAUGUGAUUUUAUAGAAAAUGUUUAUACAAAGAUCAUGUAUGUUUAUGACUG